CAAUAUGUUCUUUAACCCACACGUGAUUUAUCUUUUAUUCAUAAGAGAACACAAGUCGGUUUCCACGGAUAGCGUUUAUUAAAUAUUAAAGCAUGUGGUGUCGAAUUGACACCCUCGUGCCACAAGCCCUUUAUCUGAAGAUCAGGCAAGACCUUUCAUGUCAGGGCAAUGCACUUUACCUGGGCCACACUCUAAUUCAAGGUAAACAGAAAUUGUAUAAUGUAGGUUUUUUUGACGGCAGAAUGGAGCGACGCACAUCUAGGGCUGAGGAGGAGCGAGCGGAGAGGAGAGUGAGGUUCCGCGUGGCGUCGGCGCACAGCGGUCGCGUGCUGCAGGAGGUGUUCAGAGAGCACGCGCUCGAAGACUCCGCGGACACGGACACGGACACCACCGUGAGCUCAGAGCCAGAGCGCUCCACCUCGCCCGCCGUCACGGAGGCAAACAGCCAUUUGAGCGGCCCGAUGGGGCCAGAACCGGAGAACAGCGGCAGCGAACCGGACGAGCUGCUCAUGUACGCUAGUGCAAGCAAGGAGAAGCUUUUCACCGGAAAACGCGUGAACAUCUUCAGUAAGAACGGAACUAUUCGAGGCGUGAGAGAUAAAGUCAGCGCGGGACAGGUGUUGUUUAACAACCUCUCCCAAAUGUAUGGGGAUUCCCUUAUUAUGAACCGGCCUAAAAGACCAUGAGAUUUUGUCUGAAAACAGCCCUGGAUGUCCUGCAGCAGAGGAUGCUGGGUCACAACGUCACCCUGGGUGGAUGUGCAACAGGCUUGAGUGUGUGAAAGUGAUGAUCAGCGGCCAAUGUUUUUUGUUUAU